UUCUAACAGUUUGCAUCACUGCAUUCCUUCACGGAGACGGCUGCUCCUGUUUUCGGCAGGUGUGGAAUUUUAAAAUCCUCCUGAAAGUUCGUAAACAUCUGACAUAAAUCUAAUGUCCAUGAAUGUGACGGCCUUCGAUGAGUCUGAAAGGAGACAAGUAACCAGCUGAACCAUUUGUUAUCUCUGAACAAUUUUUGGUGGCAAGCAGAGAGUUGAACGUAUUGAGGAAAUAAAACAAUCCCAGAAGGUGGAAGGCACCAGUUGGAGGUUUCAACACUGUUGAGUUAUAAACUCACUCCAGUUUGUUUGAUUCAUCGCACUCAAGUUUCUCCAAAGGCACUGGAGUGGCUGGAAAAUGAAGACCGAGUUGGAUCUGGCCAAAAUGAUGGACCUCAGCUUCCUGUCAGAGGAAGAACAACAGGCUCUACAGAAAGUCCUCAAACGAGAUGCAGAUCUGAAAAAGCUUGAAGAAAAGCGUAUCAGCAAACUGAAGAAAUCGAAUGUUGAUACAAAGAAAUUGAAGGUGCUGACCGGCGAGUGGUUCAAUGAUGUUAAAUCCAAGCGCUAUGGAGAAAUUGCCAGUGGUAUAGAUAUGCUAAAAAAUUCAUUUAACAGGAAAAAGACGCCAGUUGUUCUGGAUGCUGCUGUGAAAGUGUCGCAGAAUGCAAGUACGUUCCUCAAUCAAAGUCCUCCACGUGCAGAUAGUACCACAGAUCCAGAGAAGAGCUCAUUAAAAGAUGCAGAAUCCUUACCACAGAGAGAGAUGACACCAGCCAAAUCCUAUCCACAGGCACCUGCAGACAGACAUGAAAUAAAAGAUGAAGCAGAGACAGGGAGAGGAGACAUCAGAGAAGCAGACAGUAAAAGAAGUCAUCAAGAUUAUGAAGACAAGUCUACGUCCCCAGGCAGUGAGGAACUUCCUUCCAACAAUGACUCAUUUGUUACAGCAAAAAAUGAACCUAUGUCAGAAACAAAUCCCUAUUCUGACUUUAGAAUCAAUCAACUAUUGCACUCAGCCAAAGAACCACAGUUCCGGACCUCUGAAGAGGCUCAAGAAAUUCCUCAAAAAGGAUCUGGUGAUCUGAAUGUACAGGCAGACAGCUCUUUGACCAAAAGUGCCCAACCAGGAUAUUCUCCAGAUGACCUUGAUGCACCCGGAAGUCUAGGACUUCCUAAACAAAUGGAAUACUUUAAGCAUAGUUCUGCAACUAUGGAUGAGAGCAGAAAAAAUGACAGUGAUGCAGAAUUUGUACAAGAUCCAGAAGAGACCAAUGGCCCAACGAGAGAUUUCUCAGUGACAGAUGAACCUUUGUCCAAUUCAAAGAAAGACCCUAAGGAAAAGAAUGUAACUUCAAGAAAAACAUCAACACUACUGUCAGAAAUUCUGAAAAAUGCGAGCAAGCCCCAGAAAGAAAACACUGACUAUGCUAUCAAAUCAAAGACAGGGUCUUUGGACAAUGCAGUAGAAGCUGGUGUAGUGAACAAGUCUCCAGAUGUAAAUAGUCUAUUUUCUUCAAGACCUUCAUCUGUUGAAGACAAUACAAAGUCCAAUGCAUCAACAUGGCAAGAUCAAUCUAUUGUCAAUGUGGACCAAGAUUAUGAACCAGAGAGCUCUACAGGUCUAAUAAGCAACACAUCAAGCCAAGUUCAGAAACCUGGAGAACAUCACAAUGAUGUAUCAAAUACAACUUUAGGAAAAGGAGAGUCUGAGAGCUCAAAAAGGAAAGGGAUUUUAAAGCAUAGGUUCAGCACCAGCUCCAAUGAGUCAGAAAAUUUCCCCAAAUUGAGUUUACUCCGACCUACUGAAGACAUAGGAGACAUACCACAACAAACAGAUGAUUACAGUAGCAACGCAAAGACAGAGCCAGGUAACAGACAAGUAAGGUUCUCAGCCAAAAUGAAAAACAAGCCAUUGUUAAAUGUUGAAGAGUGGGAAACUGACAAUGCUCCUAACUCUUCAAUAACAAUGAAUGAAGAUGAUGCCACAUCACAGCAAGAAGGAAAAAAUGACGAUGGCUUCUCCCCAUUGUCUCCAGCUGAAAGAUUUGAAACCAAACCAUACGAAAAUCCGUAUUUGAGCAACAAGGGAACAACUGAACAUUUCCCAUCUCCAUCCUGGAGAGAGACUUCAGAGACACUGCCGAAGACUGAACAAGUGCCUGAUGAUGAUGAUCCUUCAGACUUGAGUGUCAAAAUCAAUAAGCCUGACCCAUCACCAAAUCCCACUGGGUCCACAGUUCCCAUCUUGACAUCGAAUGAUCCACAAAGUGAAGAGUAUGAUUAUUUUGAGGACAUAACAUCCGAGUCCAGCUUUGGAUCAGACGUCCUGAAUCAGACAGAUGUGCAAGUUGGCUCAAAUCUGAGUUCUUCCAGGUUGAGUGGCAGCUUACAGAGUCUGUACAGUGACCCUGGAGAUUUUGGAGAUGUUGCAGUUCAGGGUGUCAUACAAUUCAAACUACAGUAUGAAGAGGCAAAAGAAGAAUUGCAAAUCUGCGUACAGCAGUGUCGAGGACUGGCUGCUGCUAGCAAGAGAAAAUACACCUCUGAUCCUUAUGUAAAAACUUACCUUCUUCCUGAUCGCUCACGGCUAAGCAAACGCAAGACAUCAGUAAAGAAAGCAACGCUGAACCCUCAGUAUAAUGAAACCCUGAAAUACAAUGUACGAAAACAAGACCUUCUGAAUCGAACUCUGAAUGUCUCUGUGUGGCACAAUGAUACUCUUGGUCGCAAUGUUUUCCUUGGAGAAACUGAAGUGGAGAUGAACAAAUGGGAUUGGCAUGACAACACAAUAAAGUGGUACAAUUUGGAGCCCAAGGCAUCCAGUUUACCUGAAGGAAACAUUACCCAAGGGGAAUUCCACGUGGCACUCAAAUAUAUUCCAGGAAAUUCAACAGAUGUGUAUCAGUCACAAACUGGUGAAGUUCACAUAUGGCUGAAAGGGGCAAUAGGAUUACAACCAUUAAAGCCAGAUGGUGUAGAUUCAUUUGUGAGAUGUUAUAUUUUGCCUGACACCAGGAAGAAGAGCAGGCAGAAGACUCGAGUGGUGAAGAAAUCCCUAAACCCCGUCUACCAUCACACCAUGGUAUAUGAUGGAUUCAGACUGGAUGAAAUAAUGGAGGCCUCUGCAGAAUUAUCCAUUUGGGACCAUGAAACAUUUACCAAUCAGUUUCUUGGAGGAAUUCGGCUUAAUCUGGGCACAGGGAAUAGCUAUGGGCAAAACGUGGAUUGGAUGGACUCGAGUGAAGAAGAGGCAGCUCUCUGGAAGGGCAUGAUAUCCAGACCCUGUGAGUGGGUGGAAGCAGUACUGCCUCUCAGGCCAACUAUGACUAAAAGGAAGUGAAGAACCUUAGUUACUGUUUCAUUUUUAGGUGCAUAGCCAAAAUGAUGACUUGGCAAAAAUUGGAAAAUUUAUGUUUUCUGUAUUUUUAUCAAUUAAUUUCUUUGUUGAGAGGAGAGGGGUGAUGGGUGAUUGGUUUUAGAGUCAAGUCGGGGCUUCAUUUUAAUUGAAGAAGUAAAUGACUAAAUCAACAGGAUCAUUUAAAGAACGGAAUAUAUUUAGUCUUUGAUAUUUCCACAUGAAGACCGUGAUUAGCAUGAAAUAUGUAUUUGGGACAAUUUUUUUUAAACUUCUCGAAAUAAUUUGGAGACUCUAAAGCACAAAGGUAUCGCUAUUAGAAUAAAGUAUUUUGGAAGGUGACAGAUGUAUUGCGCUUGUGUACUGGCUGCCAAGAAAAAAAUAAAAAUUAACAGUAAGUGCU